CCUAUCCUACAGCCCAAAAGCCCCAACGUCACCGGCACCCACAGUCCCCAUAUGCGCAUUGCGCACACGUCUCGUGCUCUCAUUUCUGCUGCGACCGUCCAUAUCGCCUCUCUCACAUUCCCUCUCUCUCGCGUUCGAACCCUAACCCUAGCUUCCACCAUGGCCUCCGACAACCUCUCGACCUCGGCCAACGGCCAUAACGACGACGAGGACGAGAAGUACGGGUUCCGGCGGCCGGAGAUGUACAAGGAGAACCUCGCUGGCACCAUUGGCGCGUACGACCGACACUUGUUCCUCUGCUACAAGAGCCCCGAGGCCUGGCCCUCGCGUGUCGAGGGCUCCGACUCCGAUCCGCUCCCUAAGUCCCUCUGUUCGGCUGUCAAGGCUCGCAAGAAUGACAUGGCUCUCAAGACGAACCUGACAAUAUGCGAGGGACGAGAGGGGACUGACUUUUCUGAUGGAGAUGUGUUGAUUUUCCCGGAUAUGAUCAAGUACAGGGGUUUGAAGGAAUCGGAAGUGGAUAGCUUUGUCGAGGAUGUUCUUGUUAACGGUAAUCUAUGGGCUUCGGGAGUGCCGGAGGUGUUGCCUGGUUCUCAUGUUUUUGUGUGCGCUCAUGGUAGUCGUGAUCGGAGGUGUGGUGUUUGUGGACCUGUUCUCAUUGAAAAGCUUAAUGAGGAGAUUGAGUUGCGUGGAUUAAAAGAUCAGCUGUUUGUUAAUCCAUGCUCACACAUUGGGGGCCACAAGUAUGCUGGGAAUGUGAUUAUCUACAGUCCAGGUCCAGAUGGGAAGAUUAUGGGUCAUUGGUAUGGCUAUGUUACUCCUGAUGAUGUGCCUGCAUUGCUUGAUCAGCAUAUUGGAAAGGGAGAGAUCAUAGAACGGCUUUGGAGAGGGCAAAUGGGGGCAGCUACCGAGGAAGGUGGAAAAGCGGAUGAACAGAAGCUUCCUAAUGGGGAUGCGAAGAAAAGCAAGAAGAAGAAGCACGAAGAAAACAGCACUGAGAGUAAUAAGGAUAAUGUGGCAGGCUGUUGCCAGGUUGGUAGUGGGUUUACUUGUUGCAAAGACGGAAGUUUGGAGCAGAGCAGUGUGGGUGAAGAAAAGAAGCUGAAAGAAACCAUAGCAGUGGAUGAAAAGAAGGGUCUGGGCAAAGUGUCAGGCUGGUUUGGAUCAUGGGAGCAAAGUGAUGUUCUCACAGCCGCUGCUGUGGUUGGAGCAGUGGCAACAGUUGCUGUGGCCUAUAGCUUUUACAGGAGGUCUGGGUGAAAUAUGCUCUAUUUAUUAUCCACGUGUUCAAGUUUUUUUGUGGGUCUGUAUACCCUGGUUUUUUGUAGGGAGAUGUGAUAAACAUCUAUAAAAUAAUCCUCUGAACAACAUGUGUUCCAUGGAGGGAAAACUAUAGGUAUAUGUUCUGCUUAGCAGGUGGGCAGAAUUACUAAAAGUUUUAGCAGAUUUAAAAGAUGAACAAUUUGUAUCCCCUUCUUGUAUUCGAUUCUGCUCAACCCAAAAUUGUUGUUUUAUUACUCUUGCUGACUGGGCUUGUUUAAUGUGCCAGAGAUGAUUCUAUGAUUUUAUUGGAUAGUUCCUAUACUAAUAGUGAAACCUUUUUUUUUUU